AUGGUUUUUUUUGGUGAGACACAGGGUGCGCGUGUCAUUCUUCGAAAUAAUUUAACUCUUACAAGGUUAAACGACCUUCAUCAAUCGGGUUUGGGAUUGGAGUUGUCCUUCUUUUACGAGGUUGCCCGAAGGCUAACAAACCUUCCUCGUACUGAAAAUUUUUGUGGUGUAAACUUAUUCUCCACAUCAUGCUCAAACCUAAGAGGGCUGGAAUUCCAAGGAGAAGAAUUCAAAAUUAACAAUCUUCAGACGGCUGAAGACAAUUUCCAAGAUUCUCCUUCAAGAGAAGCAAAAAUUGGUUUGACGGAAACAAUCAAGACGUUGCGAAGGGGUUAG